UCACACCUUUCUGUUACGAAUUACGAUAUAUAUAGGCGCUUAUUUCGCCGGUAGCGCGCGGUCUCAAAUUGUAACCUCAAGACUGAAGUUGUAGUUUAUAUGUUUCAAUUGUUUAAACAACUUCAUUUGAAUUGUCACGUACUCAAGAGUAUUAGAGUCGUUAGUAAAGUAAAAUAUUCUUUCAAUUAUCAAUCAGUUUUAAAGAUGAGUUCAAUAAAAAUUGGUACACACAGUGGUACCUUCCAUUGUGAUGAAGUUCUUGCAUGUUACAUGUUGAAACUUCUUCCAGAAUAUAAGGAUGCUACAAUUAUACGAAGUCGGGAUUUACCCGUAUUAGAUACCUGUGACAUUGUUGUUGAUGUUGGAGGAAAAUAUGAUCCUAGUUCUCAUCGAUAUGAUCACCAUAUGAGAGAGUUUAAUGAGUCAUUCAGUACAGUUAUGAAUAAGCCUGGAUAUACUUCAACAAUAAAAUUAAGCAGUGCUGGUCUUGUAUACUGCCAUUUUGGUCAAAAAAUAUUAAAGCAUUUACUUCCAGAAGUAGCUGACGAUGACUUAGAAAUAAUUUUUAAAAGAAUUUAUGAAAGUUUGAUUAAAGAAAUUGAUGGCAUAGACAAUGGCGUUCAAAUGUUUGACGGUGAACCAAAGUACCGUAUUGUAACAGACCUUGGUUCCCGAGUUUCAAGAUUAAACAAACAAUGGAAUUCAAUUAAUAUUGAUGAAAUGAAUCAAUUUCAUAAAGCAAUGGAAUUGGUUGGAGAAGAAUUUCAGCAUUUUGUCAAUUCUUCUGCUCGAAUAUGGUUGCCAGCUCGCACAUUCGUUAAAGAAGCUAUACAGAGACGUUUUGAGGUUGAUGCUAGUGGAGAAAUUAUUGAAUUUGAAAGAAUGGUUCCUUGGAAAGAGCAUCUUUUUGUAAUUGAAAAGGAAAUGGGAUUGAACACUGAUUCUAAACUUGGAAUAAAGUUUGUCAUAUUCAAAGAUAAUAAUUACAGAGUUCAGGCAGUGCCUGUAGAACUAGGAAGCUUUGAAUGCAGAAUAUUUUUACAUAAAGAAUGGUUAGGUUUAAGAGAUGAAGAAUUGAGUGAUGUAGCUAAAAUCAAAGGCUGUGUUUUUGUUCAUUCAACUGGAUUUAUUGGAGGAAAUUUAACUCGAGAAGGAGCUUUAGAAAUGGCUCGUAGAUCUCUUGAGCAAAAACAAUAAAAUUUGAAAUAAUUUCUGUGAUCGUAAAAUUUGUUUUGCUCAAAAUCCCAUAAAAGAUAAAAGAUAUUAUAAAAUCAGAAUUUAAUCGUAUAGAAGUAUUUUUCAUUUCUAUCCUUUGAAUCAAUUUUGUUAAUG